AUGGUGUUGAGCUACGAUGUCGGAACGUAUGUGAUUUUUUCUUUUUUUUGCGGGCUUCUAGGUCGUUUUCUGGUGGAUUUUGGGGGUUUUAACGAACAAUGCGUUUUUUACCCAAAAGCAUGUGAAAUUGAUCGAAAAAAGUCCAAAGUAUGGAUUCUCCGUAUGGGGUUUACCCGCUGUGGCCUUUUUCCGGUCCGAAAAAGGUUGAUUUUGGUCGUUUUCGGUGCUCUUUUCUGUUUUGUCAUGCCUCUCACAAAACACACGCAAAACGAGCCAAAAACGGCCCGUUUUCAGCGGAAACUCUCACCAGUACCACAAAAAUACGCACGCAAUACCCCCUGCUCCCUUUUCCCCCUUUUUCUCCGAUUUCUACCUCAUUUUCCCGACUUUUUAGCCAUUCCACCUCUUCUCCCUACUAACCCACAGCCGGUGCUGGUUGCCAGACGACAAACUCGGCUGGAUCGGCGUCACGGUCCAGUCCAACACCCAGAAAGACGCCAAGCACGUGUUGCAGCUCGUGGCCGAGGCCGACGAAUCACAGACAUUCACCGUAGAAACAGACAACUUCAACGACGACAACGGCAAGUUGCCGCCCUUGCGCAACCCGCCGAUCCUCGAGGCCGCCGAGGACUUGACGUCGUUGUCGUACCUAAACGAGCCCGCCGUGUUGCACGCCAUAAAAGUGCGUUAUGCUCAGCUUAA